AUGCCGUUAGAGGAAUUAUCCGAUCCCCGUGACACCAUCAACGGUCUCAUCCGAUCACGACGAGCUUUCAAAGGCACAGUCACCAGGCACAAAUCCAAGGCGACCAGUAUCCUUCACCUCUAUAAAAAAGACGACGAUCCGACCCAAUUGGAACUCAUCUUGAAGAAGUGGGAGGAGGCGUUGGACAAGUACGCCAAAUCGGAUGAAGUGGUCAUGACCGAUCCCAUGGCCGAUGACAAGGACUCAGACGAACUCGAUCUUGGCGACCAUGAAACACAAUUUCUGCUCUUCCAAACGAAAGUCAUCGGGUUUCGCCGAGACUUUAACAAGUCUCAGGAACCCACACCUUCUCCACCGGCUCUUGAUGGAGACGGUAACGACGGGUCAACUCAUCGCGAUCAUGGCCUUCCUAACCUGACCAUCCAUCUACCUCAAACAAUCACCGAGGACAUCGAUCUCAGAGCAUUUCUGAAAUGGAAGCCAACGUGGGAUAAUUAUGCACGCUUGAUGUCACUUUCCCUUCGUCCUCAAUCAACUCAGAUCUCUGUUUUUUGGCAAUGCUGCUCACCUGGGUUCUUCCGAAUUGUGGAGCAUUCGAUUGGUAUCAAGGCCGAUACUGGACGGUCCGUAAAUGAAAUUAUACAAUUGAUCAUCCUUCAUCUCCGUAGCCUCAGGAAUCGCCAUAUUGACCUGAAGGAAUUCCUUUCCAUUCGCCAGAAGGACGGUCAAGAUUACUCUAGCGUUUGCAACGAAAUCAAGGAGCUUGGCGAGUACGCUGACACGGCCAAUAUAACCGAGGACCAACUCAACAUCGGGAUUUUGGUCCAAGCCAUGAAGAGCAAACGCGAUCGUGCCAAGCUGUUGGAGGAAAACCCGAAAACUUUCGAAGAUGCACGACGAUUUUUGCUCUCUUCUGAAAGUGCCAAACAAGGUGCUCGUCAGGUUGGAUUUUCUUCCACACCGGGACCCAAUUUCUCUGUCCAGGCAAACAAACAAUCGAGCUAUUCCAAGAGAAAGUCUGGUUUCCCCCACGCUAAACCCACAUCAUUACCUAAGAUAUCGGAGGUGAAGAAGGACCGUGGGACAAGUUCGUGCUUCUGUUGUGGAGGAUCCCGCCAUCCGAGACGAGAUUGCCCGGCUAAAGAGGCAAACUGCACAUCUUGCGGGAGAAAAGGUCACCUCAGUCAUCUAUGUCGAAGUAUCUCUCCGAAAUCUUCAGCCAGUAUCAAAAUCGGGACAUCUCGCAUCUGUUCCAUUGGAGCAUCAACAUCACUCCUGCCAGUCAAGCUAGACGUAGAAAACGGCUCAUCUUGCGUCGUUAAUGCAAUCCCAGACACAGGAGCGGAGAUCUCGGUCAUGGGCCUGAACAUGUUCCUAUCUUCAGGUCUGCACAUCGAUCUCCAACGGCCGAUCCGAAACCUGAUAACGGCAGUCGAUGGUUCUGUGCUUCGACAAACGGGAUCUUUCAUAGCAAAUGUGGUUGUGGACGGUCACGUGGCAGGUGACGUUUCUAUUGUUGUGUGCGAGAACGUGAAAGAUUUCUAUCUAGACUUAAAGACCUGCAAAGGUUUAAACAUAAUAAGCAAAGACUUCCCCAGACCCAUGAUUCCUCCCGCCACGACGGUCAAUAGCCUGGCAACCUCAAACAGUCCGGUCUGGUCGGAAAGAGAGGAAUGGAUCAAGUCAUUACCUGAGCAUUCCAGCGAUCCUGAGCUUUUCAAAACCAUAGAGGAGAAGCUCCAUUUGAUCUAUGCCCGAGUGUUCGACGACUCCUCUCAGUUACGCUCGAUGAUAGGUCCGAUAGUGGGAGAACCCAUGAGGAUCCGCCUGAAAGACAAUUAUAAACCUUUCGCCAUCCAUGCAGCACGCCAGAUCGCCUACUGCAUACGUGAUCUCACCUUCAAGGAGCUUCAAUAUAUGCAGGAUCGUGGGAUCAUCGCUCCGGUUGGGGACGAACCCUCCGAAUGGUGUCACCCUGUGGUCAUCGCGCCCAAGCCCAAUGGGAAAAUUCGCUUUUGCGUCGACCUGACCAAGCUGAACACCGAGGUGAUUCGGGCUACCCAUCCUACCAAGACUCCCGCCGAAGCCGUAUCCGGAUUCAACAAAGACGACGCGUAUUUCGCCAAACUGGACCUUGUGAAAGGAUAUUGGCAAAUGAGUUUACAUCCGGAUUCGCAACAUCUCACAACUUUCAUCACUCCAUUUGGUCGCUACAAAUUUCUUCGAGCACCAAUGGGCUUUAUAUCGACUGGCGACUCAUAUUCAUAUCGAGGAGACAUUGCCAUGGACGGUUUACCUAUCAAUAAAGUUAUUGAUGACAUGGGCUUAGGUCGCCCCACCUUGCCGCAACUCGUUUCACUCGUGUGCGACACACUGGAACGCUGUAACAAGCACAACUUGACCGUCAACAAGGAGAAGUCUAAGCUAUGUGCUGCGGCAAUCGACUUUGUGGGAUAUCGGGUAUCCCGGAACUCGAUUGAGGUUGAUCAACGGAAAACGUCGGCCAUCGCCGAUUUCCCCAUUCCCACCACGAUCACUGACCUUCGUUCAUUCAUGGGAUUGGUCAACCAAUUGGGCAACUUCAGUUCCUCCGUGGCGAGUGCGGCUGGGCCCCUUCGUGAUCUUCUGAAGAAGAAGAACGAGUUUGUCUGGCUUCCCGAUCAUACGCAAGCUUUCACGGCCACCAAGAAAGCAUUGGUUUCGCCACCUGUGCUGGCCAUGUUUGACCAGAAUGCCCAGACGACCCUCUUGACCGACGCAUCCAAACUUCAUGGACUGGGUUUCGCCCUCAUGCAACGCCAAAGCGACACAGAUCCAUGGCGCCUCAUCCAAUGUGGCAGCCGAUUCCUACAAGACACCGAGACCCGAUACGCAAUCGUGGAACUCGAGGCCCUAGCCAUUUGGUGGGCCAUCAACAAAUGCAAGGUUUACCUUUUGGGCUUGCCCCACUUCGUGGUCUUGACGGAUCAGAAGUCGCUCGUGUCACUUUUCAACAACUUUUCCAUUGAUGCGAUCGACAAUCCCAAGGUCCAAAAUUAUCGGACCAAACUCCUCCAGUACUCCUUCAUCGUGGAAUGGAAACGUGGUAAGGACCACUCGAUCCCAGACGCCCUCUCCCGCGCUCCCGUUUCGGAUCCGGACGAAUCCGACGUCUGCGACUUCAAUUUGGGCACCAUCAUCACUGACUCAGUUCGCCAGGUGUCCGAGGAUCUAUUGGUGGAAGACAUCCGACGUCAAGCUCGCGAGGAUGCGGACUACGGCCAAUUGCGUCACGCCAUCCUCCGUGGAUUUGAGCCUUCAUCUCUGACGCCAUAUGUGCGUUUGUUUACCAAACAGAAGCGUGAGCUCUCGCUCGACGGCGAAUUGAUCCUUCGCGGCUGCCAGCUGGUCAUCCCUCGCUCAGCUGUCAAAGACGUUCUUCGUCGCCUACACUCGUCUCACCAGGGAGUGGAGAAGACAAAGCGACGCGCACGCCAGGCGGUGUUCUGGCCAGGCUACACAAACGACAUCACCACCACAGUGGAGACAUGUGAGAAAUGUCAAUAUUAUUGUCCGAGUCCCUUGCCAGAACCUCUCGUUCAAGAACCCCUUCCCUCCCGCCCAUUUGAGAUAGUGACGAGCGACUUGUUCCAGUUCGGUAGUCACCAUUUUCUUGUAUACGCGGACCGACUUUCGGGGUACCCCCUCCUUUCACGAUUCCCGUCCAACCCGUCCUCGUCCGAUCUCAUCCAUGAAUUUCGGAUUUUCUUCUCCCUUAUGGGCGCACCCAACAUUCUUCGGACCGACAACGGACCCCAGUAUCGCUCCAGACUCUUUGUCGACUUUCUCACUGAGUGGGGUGUAAAAUGGACUCCUUCUUCCCCCCAUCAUCCCCAAUCCAACGGCCAUGCCGAAGUCACAGUCAAGAUCAUUAAGCAUCUUGUGGCCAAACAUGACGGUAAUAUCAACAGCGACAAUUUUCAUGCCGGACUCCUUGAACUCCGAAACGGACCCCGACAGGAUGGACUCUCACCCGCCCAACGUCUCUUUGGCCACCCCCUGCGAUCCCAGGUCCCAUGUCAUUGGCGAUCUUUUGCGCCGAAGUGGCAGCAGUCGGCCGAGGAAGCCGACAAACAUCGUCUGGAGAUCUCUCACAAAAGAAAAUCUUACUUCGACCGUUUUACCCGACCCAGAGAGGCAAUCCCAUCGGGCACAUCCGUCCUCGUUCAAGACCCAAACACCAAACGAUGGGAUUCUGUAGCCACUAUAGUGGGCAAACCUAAUCAUAGACGGUACCAUCUUCGUUUUCCAUCUGGACGAGUCCUAUGGCGAAACGUCAAAUUUCUUCGACGUCACCGCACCGAAUCCAGCGACCCACCCAAUCCACCCACCCACGAACCUAACGACCCCGAACCUCGAAGAAGUAUCCGAUUAUCCAAAGCCCCAGAUCGUUUAAAAUACUAG